CCUCGGUUCCCGGACACCGAAGCAAACCGGUUUCGUUAGUUGUGCAGUUUGAGACUUUCAGAUCAAUAAGGCACUCUUCAUUCCUUUCAAGAGCUGUUCAGGAGCUAGUGCAAGGAUCCGAUAUCCAUGGCGCUGCGGAGAAUCAUCAAGGAGCUCAAGGACCUGCAGAGGGAUCCACCGACGUCCUGCAGCGCAGGCCCUGUGUCUGAUGACAUAUUCCACUGGCAAGCGACGAUCAUCGGCCCCAGCGACAGCCCCUACUCUGGAGGCGUGUUCCUGGUCACCAUCCACUUCCCUCCAGACUAUCCAUUCAAGCCUCCCAAGGUGGCGUUCAAGACGAAGGUGUUCCACCCGAACAUUAACAGCAACGGCAACAUCUGCCUGGACAUUCUCAAGGAGCAGUGGAGCCCGGCGCUGACCAUCUCCAAGGUCCUGCUCUCCAUUUGCUCGCUGCUGACGGACCCAAACCCGGACGACCCGCUGGUGCCGGAGAUCGCGCACAUGUGCAAGACCGACCGCCUCAGAUACGAGUCCACGGCAAGGGGGUGGACGCAGAAGUACGCCAUGGGCUAGAGCUCUUUCAGCUCUCCUCACUCAAGCAGCUCAGGGAGCAUGAGUGGCGGAGUGAGAGAGCAGAGCAGGCAGGGGACAAGAUCACAUGUAACCAACAUCCAUGAACAAUAAGAUUGCUUUAAUUCACUAACUAAGCCUAGAGUUGAGAUCUCAGGAAGGAUGAUAACUAAGAACGAUCAUAUGCACGAUUUUGAUGGCCUUCCGUGUCUGAAUCCAAAUUAUAAUAAAUUUUA